ACAGACACACGCGCGCACACACGCUCCUCACACACGCUCUACUCUCUCCCGCGCGCUCACACCCCUCUCGCCCUGCGCCCUCGCGGGUGCAGCGCCGCGCCGCAGUCGGACUCCCCUCCUGGGCUCACUUUGCAACGCUGACGGCGCCGGCGGCGGCCGCGGAGGUGGGAACAGAAGCGGCAUCCUCUCCCCUGGUCGCGGCCGGAGACGGGACGCCCGCGGAACCCCUCGGCGGCGCUCUCCCAUGAGUCGGGAUCGCAGCAUCCCCUGCCAGCAGCUCACUGCCUCUGGGAGCCGCUGGACUUGUACACCGCAGCCCUUCCGGGACAGCAACAUUGACACCCCCUCCAGUGCAGAUUUCGGGGCAGCUUUCUAGAAACUCGCACUAAAGACGGAACCGCCACAGCAUUCAAAGCCUACUGCGGAAGAGCGCAGCCCGGCAAGCCCCAUCGCUGAGACUGGGCCCUCAGCGGAGCCGGGCGGCCCCGCAGCCACUUCACCCAGCCGGCCGUCCCCGCCUCCUCCACGCUCAGCCUCCGCUGGAGAGACCCCCAGCCCCACCAUUCAGCGCGCAAGAUAUCCUCCAGGCCCUCAACACCUUUUUUCAAGUCAAGAUUUCAUCCCAUACAUGUAUGACUCAAUCAGAUUUGGAAAUGUGGAUAUGCCCUGCGUGCAAGCCCAGUAUAGCCCUUCGCCGCCAGGUUCCAGCUAUGCAGCACAAACAUACGGCUCGGAUUACACCACGGAGAUCAUGAACCCCGACUACGCCAAGCUGACCAUGGACCUUGGCAGUACGGAGAUCACCGCCUCAGCAACCACGUCCCUGCCCAGCUUCAGCACCUUCAUGGAGGGCUGCUCCAGCAGCUACGAACUCAAGCCCUCCUGCCUGUACCAGAUGCCGCCGUCGGGGCCACGGCCGCUGAUUAAGAUGGAGGAGGGUCGCGCGCACGGUUACCACCAUCAUCACCAUGAGCAUCACCACCACCACCACCAGCAGCAGCAGCAGCCCUCCAUUCCGCCCCGCUCCGGGCCGGAGGACGAGGUGCUACCCAGCACCUCCAUGUACUUUAAGCAGUCCCCGCCGUCCACCCCCACCACGCCGGGCUUCCCCUCGCAGGCGGGGGCGAUGUGGGACGACGCCAUGCCCUCGGCGCCCGGCUGCAUCGCGCCCGGCCCGCUGCUCGACCCGCCGAUGAAGGCGAUGCCCACGGUGGCCGGCGCGCGCUUCCCACUCUUCCACUUCAAGCCCUCGCCGCCGCACCCGCCCGCGCCGGGCCCCGCCGGCGGCCACCACCUGGGCUACGACCCGACGGCCGCCGCCGCGCUCAGCCUUCCGCUGGGAGCCGCCGCCGCCGCGGGCAGCCAGGCCGCCGCGCUUGAGGGCCAUCCGUACGGCCUGCCGCUGGCCAAGAGGGCGUCCGCCCUGGCCUUCCCGCCGCUGGGCCUCACGGCCUCCCCCACCGCGUCCAGCCUCCUGGGCGAGAGCCCCAGUUUGCCGUCGCCGCCCAGCAGGAGCUCGGCCUCGGGCGAGGGCACGUGCGCCGUCUGCGGGGACAACGCCGCCUGCCAGCACUACGGCGUGCGCACCUGCGAGGGCUGCAAGGGCUUCUUCAAGAGAACAGUGCAGAAAAAUGCAAAAUAUGUUUGCCUGGCAAAUAAAAACUGCCCCGUAGACAAGAGACGUCGAAACCGAUGUCAGUACUGUCGAUUUCAGAAGUGUCUCAGUGUCGGAAUGGUUAAAGAAGUUGUCCGUACCGACAGUCUGAAAGGGAGGAGAGGUCGGCUGCCUUCCAAACCAAAGAGCCCGUUACAGCAGGAAGCCUCUCAGCCCUCUCCACCUUCUCCUCCGAUCUGUAUGAUGAAUGCCCUUGUCCGAGCUUUAACAGACUCAACGCCCAGAGAUCUUGAUUAUUCCAGAUACUGUUCCGCUGACCAGGCUGCCGCAGGCACGGACGCUGAGCACGUGCAGCAGUUCUACAACCUUCUAACAGCCUCCAUUGAUGUAUCCAGAAGCUGGGCAGAGAAGAUCCCCGGAUUCACUGAUCUCCCCAAAGAAGAUCAGACAUUACUUAUAGAAUCAGCCUUUUUGGAGCUGUUUGUUCUCAGACUUUCCAUCAGGUCAAACACUGCUGAAGAUAAGUUUGUGUUCUGCAACGGACUUGUCCUGCAUCGACUUCAGUGCCUUCGUGGAUUUGGGGAGUGGCUCGACUCCAUUAAAGACUUUUCCUUAAGUUUGCAGAGCCUGAACCUUGAUAUCCAAGCCUUAGCCUGCCUGUCAGCACUGAGCAUGGUCACAGAACGACAUGGGUUAAAAGAACCAAAGAGAGUGGAGGAGCUCCGCAACAAGAUCACAAGCAGCUUGAAGGAGCACCAGAGCAAGGGACAGGCUUUGGAGCCCGCGGAGCCCAAGGUCCUGCGUGCCCUGGUGGAGCUGCGGAAGAUCUGCACCCUGGGCCUCCAGCGCAUCUUCUACCUGAAGCUGGAAGACUUGGUGUCCCCGCCUUCCGUCAUCGACAAGCUCUUCCUGGACACCCUGCCCUUCUGAGCGGGAGCAGCCGGAGCAGGGGGCUGCCUCGUCUGCCAGCCGCCGCUUGCUGAGUAGCAGAGGGAGGGGGUCUGGACACCUACCAUUUUCUGUCCUUCCUUAAGAGAGAAAGCAAGCAAGCUCCUGUCGAAAUGAAAGACUUUUUUUUUUUUUGUCCUGGCACUUUUCCUUACAUCUGAAAGCCAGAAAACUUGCAGAGUAUUGUGUUGGGGUUGUGUUUUAUAUUUAGGUUUUGGGCUUGGGGUGGGAGGAGGGUAUAGUUCAUGAGGGUUUUCUAAGAAAUUGCUAACAAAGCACUUUUGGACAAUGCUAUCCCAGCAGGAAAAAAAAAAAAAGGAUAAUAUAACUGUUUUAAAACUCUUUUUGGGGAAUACAAUUAUAGUUGGUUUGUAUUUAAAAACAAGAACAGCCGAGGGUUGUUCGCCAGGGUAGGAGGUGUCUUGAGACUGAUCCCUUUAGAGUACACUUCUUGUAUCAAGGGUACGUAUGUGGUGCAAACAAGGCAGAAAUUUUCUCCUCUUAGUUUCUUCUUCCUUUAUUUUAUUUUAAGAAAUGGUGAAAGAUGGAGGGUUACCUAUACAUCAGACAUAGCAAACGAUAAUGGCUGUUCACUCCCAUAUGCAAGUGCAAUUUUUAAAGUGCUGUCUUACUGAGUCUUGUUUAUUAACUCUCCUUUAUUUUGUAUGGAAAUAAAAAGGAGGCGGUCAUGUUAGCAAAUGACACAUGCUAAUUUCCCCAGCAGAGGCUCUGUCCACCUGCCCUGUGGAACCCUUCUGAGGUAUGGUCCAUCCAAGAUUUUAGGCCGUUCCUGAUGGAGCCAGACCCCUGCCCUAACUGUCCGACUGUCCUAAAGAGGGCUCAGAUUAUGAGAUGGAUUGCCACACAGCUUCUUUUUUGUCAUGUUUUGUAAAUCCUGCCAGAGUUCCCUAAACUUGCUUCAACUGUAGAAACUGACUCGCAUUCAUUCAGAAGCCCCAGGAGCAUUCAAUAAGUUUCAAGUAUUUGAACCCUAGAUGAGAACAUGCAAAUAAGUAGAAAUGGAUCAUACAGGGUAAGCACCAGGGAUAAUAAAGUUUUUUAAAGUAUAUAUAAUUUAAUUUUUGUUAUUGGUUAAUGAGACAAUUUUGGAGAACAGGCAAGUCUUAUUAUUAAAAAAAAAACAGUGUGAAUGUAAGUACUAGAAAGAAUUAGCAGCUGCGUUUCAACAUUCCGUGUUCGAACUCCCUUUUGUAUGUUUAUACUGUUAAUGCCGUAUUAUUAAGAGAUAAUUUGUUGCAUAGUGUCCUUAUUUGUAUAAACAUUUGUAUGCACGUUAUAUUGUAAUAGCUUUGCCUGUAUUUAUUGCAAGACCACCAGCUCCUGGAAGCUGAGUUACAGAGUACUUAAAUGGGGUGUUCACAGUGAACUUGGAUACACCACUUAGAAAUUAAAUAAGCAAAUAUAUAUAUAAAUAUAGCAGGUUACAUAUAUAUUUAUAAUGUGUCUUUUUAUUAACCAUUUGUAAAAUAAAUGUUACUUUCCAUGUGGUUAUUUUAUGGUUCAUUUGCAGUGACUUUUAAGGCAGUACUGUUUAGCACUUUGAUAUUAAAAUUUUGCUUAUGUUUUGCUAAAUUCAAAUAAUGUUUGAAGAUUUUUAGGUCUAAAAGUAACUUUAUAUUAUAUAUAUAUACUCUGUAUCAAGUCAAAAUAUCUUUGGCCAUUUUGCUAAGAAACAAACUCUGAAUGUCAAACUGAUGUCAUAGUAGUUUUUGUUAGCUUUAAACCAUUUUUGCUUUAGUCUUUUUAAAGGAAACAUGACAAAACUAUGCUGUUUAUAUUGUCAUUAAAUUAUACAAUCAAACAAAUGCCAAAUGAUUGCCUAAUUGCUGCAAAGGAGAGCCCAGAUAGCAAAUCAUAUAUGUUUUUUUCCAAGUGUCAUUCUGAUAUUUGAUCUUGUAUUAUGUUUGUGUGAGCUUUUGUGAGAGAUUAUUUUUCUAUUAAUAUCGAGAUGAUAGGAUCUGGAAUGUUAGGAUCUUGGAAUGUUAGAAGGGGCCUGACUUGUCAACUAGUCCACCCCUCCCUGAAAUUCAUAGAGAAGAGAACUGGGGCCCAGCAAAAGGCAGAGCUACCAAGAUCAAAUGGCUGGUAACAAAAUCAAGACUAGGGCCUAAUUCUUCUUUCCAUGGUCUUCUUACUUAAUUUACUGCAUCUGCAGGAAAACAGGCUUUUAAAAAUAACCACUAAUACUUACAUUUUACCAUGAGUAAAGUCGUACUUUUGCAGUAAUUGUUUGAGUUUAUAUGCAGACGUAAUAGACAUUACUAAAUAUCAGGAAAGCUGACAUUUCAUACAAGGUAGCUUCAGACCAAAUUCAAGUUGAAUUUGAAUAAAUUAGAAAUGCUGUGCAUACAUAUAACCCUUUUGUGCACCGUUCGUCUUAGAAUGUUAAUCCUUGUUUUCUGUCAUGUCUCUAAAGGAGAAACAAAACAGAAAACCAGAGCCCUGGAGAAAUGCUGUCACUUGUUAUUGUUACACCCAUUAGAUUUAAGGAAAAGACUUUUUAGUCGAUAUUGGUCGGUUGGAAGGAAUGAAGAAGGUUUUUAGUUAUAGGUCCAGACACUAGUGCUGAAAAUAAAGAGCAUAGCCAGUGUUCCUCUGUCUUCCAUAGUUACUACGACUAUGAGAGCCCCCCAGACCGCCAGCAAGUCAUCUGUCAGUUCAGCUCUCUUUUUUUUUUUUUUGGUCUCAGUGUUGACACACAAGUUUAUACAGAGUGGAUGACCGAACUAGCUCAGAAGAGGACAGCAAAGAAGUAAAGCAGGUGAUCUUCCCUUGUGGGAGAGCUCUCUCAGUGCUAAUAUGCCUUCUGUGGGCAGAAUCAGGAAUCCACCAGCUGUUAAUGGAGAGUGCCUUGCUUCCAUUUCAGACGGCAGAGUUUUCCAAAGUUUCUCUGCUCCUCUAUCAGCAUUGCUCUUUACUGGGUGUUAACCUUGUGUUUGAAAGAAAUGCUCUUGUACAUUAACAAUGUAAAUUUAAAUGAUUAAAUUAAAUUACAUUUUAUCAAUGGCUACUGGUCUGUUGAAUAA